AUGGACAACAUUUUAGAGCCUUUCCUGAACUCUAAAAAAAAAAAAACGUAUGAGUAUAAAUAUGAAGGAAUGAUGCGAGUAGGACAUGAACUGUCAGACCUUGUCGAGUCUGCCCUGAAACUGAGGUGCACUUUUAAAAUCAUCGGUGAAUCUCCAUAAACCUUUGUACUUCAGAUCUCAAAUGUGGCCUUUGAAGACAUUAAUUACAUCCCUGGGAAAAGUGUCUUCAGCCCAUCACAAAAGCUUACUAAGCGCUUGUCUUCUGAGUUCAGCCAGUCCAUCGUAUUUCAGUUCUCAAAAGGACAUGAGGCUGAAAUUCGCACAGCGCCUGGCGUCUCCAACGCAGUAGUAAAUAUUGUGAGAGGAAUCCUUGGAUUUUUACAAGUCACAGUCAAAACCAUUCAAAGUUUUUAUGAACUGGUGGAGCUGGGAAUCCAUGGUGUAUGCCAGAGCAGCUACACUGUUGAAGAAGACGACAGUGCCAAAGAGUUAACUGUAACUCAGAUGGUUGAUAUCUCCAACUGUCAUCAACCAGCAGCUUUGUACCGAGGAAUGGCCCUUGCCCCUGAAGACAAAGUCAGCAGACAGGGUGAUAGUGUUGUUUCCAUGGUGAAAUACAUCUACACGGUGAAGUCCACAGCAGAUGGCGGUCUGAUCACUAAGGCAUUUGCACAGGAGCGUCAGUACUUCUCUCCUUUCACUGUGAAGGGAGGAAGCUCCCAAAUGUUGCCAGUACCGGACAUUGAGCUCCUCAAAGUUUCUGACACAACUGAAAUUCCAAUUUUGAUGAUCAUUCUGAACAAUCCAGUGCCAAAGAUUAUUGAUUUGAUCAAGCGUUUGGCACAGUCAAACAUAUAUCAAGUGGACAGUGCAUCAGACAUUCUGGAUCUGAUUCAGUUGCUACAUGUGGCAACACUUGACCAUCUAGAGCAGUUAUGGAAGCAGGUUGCAGGAGAUGAUGAGCACAAGAGGUGGAACCUGGACUCAGUGGAGGUAACAGAUGAGAGGAUCCUCAAAUUCUUUGAGGCCAGAUUCAAAGCAGGAGACAUUUCAGCAAAUGAGGCAGGACAGGCACUUGUAGUGGCAUUUAACCACUUGUCCACUGAACCAGUAUCAGUGGCAUUAGCUCAGUUCGGAGUUUGUACAGAAGGAAUACAAGAGUUUCUUGCUGGAAAAGUCCCUCGAAUGGACAAAGAUUUUGGAGUCACAUAUUUUGCAGCUAUAAUAAAAAUUCUCUCUGACUGGCAAAACCUCCUGAAAGGGUGUUUGGACAUUGUGUUUGGACAGGAAGCAUUUUUAAUGGAUAUAAAUGGAGAACACAUUCAGAGCAUUGUAAAGUCACUUAGUCCUUCUGUAGGAAAGGAGAGUUCAGUUUGGUAAAAGAUUCAGGAUCUUCAGAAAGGGACUGCCUGGCACUCGACCAAGCCAUUCCUUGCCAAGGAAGCUUGAUUCAUACAGCCAACAUGCCUAGGUCUCCCAGUUGAAAUCAGCAAAUAAUAUUCCGUAGUUAAUGCCGUUACAAUGAAUGCUAAAGCUGAAAUGAAUCCUCCUCUGAAGGAAAAUCUGGGUGAGCUGCUAAGCUGAGACAUUUCCCCAGAGACAGAUGGCUUUGCUGGAUUUACAAAGGAUCAUUUUGCCUUCCAUGGAAUCAACACAGAUCUAUUUCAGUGUGGGGUUGAGCUGAAGAUGAAGGCAGUUGUCGCCCUGCCAUGGGCGUUUGGCUAGAACAUAAAUGUGAAAGAGCAGAAGUAUGAAAUGACUUAAACAACCAAUACAGAGUUAUUUUCAGUCAACUAUGUCACGGAGUAG